GAUACACAGUUAAAAUCGGUGGAUUUGAAUCACGUCAUCAAACUACUCAAAGAUUCAGACUUAAAAGAUUUGGAAAAAGAGCAGCUGAAAACUCUCAAGAAGGUAGUCAAGCGCUUUGAAAAUGGGCUUCCCCUUAAGGAUUUAGUACAAAUAAUCGAAAUUCUUAACCUGUGUGCAGAAAAAAUGAAUGAACAAGAGGCUUUCACUGAGCCUUUAUGUGAACUUAUUAAAUUAUGUGGGUUACCCUUUCAAAAAAAGAAAUUAUCUGAUGAAGUAAGCUAUUCUGUGGCAGUUUCAAAAUCCAUUGCACAGCUGGGUUAUUUGAUGAGGGUGCCAAGCUCUCAAGUUAGAAUACAAAUCUGUAAGUGUGUCAUUAGCUUUUAUAAUACAGAGCUACCAAGAAAACUACUUUCAGGUUACCAGCCAACAAGUCCAAACUAUAAAAUUCAGAUGGCUGAAUUAGGAGGAUUAGCAGAAACUCUCGUUCUGUCACUAGCAUUAGUUGAAAAUCAACUUACUGAGAAGUUGUGGUUACUUAAAGCUCUCCAGCAUCUCUCCAGCUCUGGAGUAAAUUGCAGACUUAUGAUGAAGGCCCAAGCAGCCAGCAGACUCUGUUUGUAUCUAAAUGGUGUUGAUCCCUCAGGACAGCUGGUGUUCCGCUCCUCAGAAAUCCUAUGGAACCUGUUAGAAAACACCUCAAAAGAAGAAGUUGUUAAUCAGCUCAGUAGCUUGGAAUGUGUACAUACUUUGAAAGAAGUAUUUGUGGACCUUCUCAUGCACGGUUUCUGGCAUUAUGAUCGUCAGCUACGGAACGACCUCUUGGUGAUCGCCACAUUACUAGCUGAAAACCCUGCAGCACCUAUGAUUGAAAGUGGAUUUGCAGAGCUGUUAAUAGUGCUUGCCACAUUUACUGAAGUUAAAAUUCCCAAUCCUGUGGUAAAAGGUCUUAAACUUACCUACUCUUAUGAGGACUUUGAGCUGAAGAAGUUACUGUUUAAUGUAUUAGGAGUCUUAUCUAAAGACCCGCGUGCUGCACAGCUUCUCAGUGAAAAUGAUGUGAUGCCAGCUUUGCUUUACUAUGUAAAACCAAAUCAAAAGCCUGGAUUUCGUGACUGGUCUGUUGCCCAAUAUGAAGAAUUACAGCUUCAUGCAAUUGCUGUUUUAUCUUCAGUGGCUCCCUUGGUAGUAGAUAAAUAUUUGUCCUGCCAAGCAAAUACUCUUCUCCUUGUGUUUCUAGAAUGGUGUAUAGGCCAAGAGCCUUUCUUUGGUCAAGGUAACAGUUUCCAUGGAACAGGUGGUCGUGGCAACAAACUGGCACAAAUGCGCUACAGCCUGAGAGUGCUGAGGUCUGUGGUGUCCCUGUAUGAUGAUGCCGUGAACCUUAAUUUGUGUGACCAGGGAGCAAUUAGCCAGCUACUGGAUAUCCUAAAGUAUGCAGCAAACAAAUCUAAAGAGAAGGAAGAUGCCAUUCUACUGGAAAUCCAAGCUGAUACAUUGUUUCUUUUGUCUGCUCUCUGUGAAAAUACUCCCCACAGAAAGGAGCUAUUCAGCUAUGAAGGAGUGGAUAUACUUAUCGCAUUCAUUCAGAUGGAUCCAAAGAAGCUAAAUAGUGGAUUAGGCCACAGUUGCCUCCUCUUCAGUGCACUUGACUGCUUGUGGUCCUGUGUCAUUGGAUGUUACAUGGCAGAAGAUUAUUUUCUUGAAAAUCAGGGCAUUUUUCUCCUUCUGGAUUUGUUGGCAUUAAAGCAAAAGAACCUGUGCAAUAUAAUUCUUGGAAUCUUGGUUGAAUUUUGUGAUAACCAUAAAACCACUUCGCACAUCAGUACCUGGCGAGGGGAAAAAGAUCAAACAGCAGCCAGCCUUCUAAUAGAGUUAUGGAGGCAGGAGGAGUUGGAGCUAGGAGUCAAACAUGAUCGAUAUGGAAGGAUUGUUGACAUGAAGAGACCUAUUGCUAGCAGCUUCCAGAAGCAGCAAGAAGUCAUUCCCAUGCCUGCCAACUGUCCCAGUUUUGCCAUCAUGGAGAUUUCAGAAAACAUACGGGCAAAACUUUAUUCAUUAUUGUGCAAGCUAGGUUUCGAAAAUUUACCUGGCUUGUCUACUAAUGAUUUUGUCACACUUGCUAUCAUACGGCGUUAUAUUGACUUUAAAGUUGGAGAAGUUUGGAGUGAACUGUGUGCAGAACUAAAAGAAGAAUUCAGGCCUGUUAUGUCGGAUGAGGAAGCAUUGAAAGUUAUUUCAGAGGCGGCAGAAGAUACUGGAAGAAUGGUUGCGGCUCUGCAGACUGAAGUGCUUGAAAGUCAACACUACCAAGAAAUCCAAGAAGAGGAAAAAACAUAUACAAAAAUCCAAGCUAUCCAUAAGCAGAGAGAAAUGGUCAAUAAAUCUUGGGAAAAUUUCUUGACUCGGACAUCAAACUAUGAAGCAUUGAAGAAAGCAAAAAGGCUUCAGGAAAAAUCAAUAGAGGUUUCCAGAUCCAAAUCAAAGACUCAGAACAGAGCAGUCCAUUCUACUGAUAUCAAAGGCCUUGGUACAACA